AUGGAAGGAAACACCAAACCACCCACCCAGCAAACCCCCGGCCGUUCAAACCUCCACAUCCUCAGCCUCCCAAACGAAAUCCAAGCUCAAAUCCUCUCCAACCUCUCUAUCAACGAUCAAAUCAAUGCCUGUAAAGCUUCACAACACUGGCAAUCCCUCCUUCUCGACAUCGAAUCCGUUUCCAAAUCGCGAUAUCCAGUCCGUCUGGAUACAUAUCCCGAAAACUUGGGUUUACAUGCACUGCUAAAUUGCGGAGAUUACACCCUUAAACUCCUAGUUAAAGAAGGUGUGAUCAUUCGGAUCUAUCAUUCACCUACUAUAUACCCAAUCCCGGAUUCGGAGACACCGGUUGAGUUUAUAUGGCUGUUUACCGAAGAAUUACGGGAGAAUGAGACGCAUGACGACUAUUUCGAUGUUACCGACUCACCUUUCCUGAAUGAGACGGCAGGUACGCCAUUUUCAUAUGAUUCGUACAGUCUGAAGCCAACUACACAGGAAGAAAAGGUCUUACUAGGAAUGAUGCAAAAUCUGGAUGCAGAAUCGGUGUACUAUCAGCUGAAGUUUUUAACAUUCGUUCCAACGGAUAUUGAAAAUGGAAUUGUAGAAGUGAUUGACACAGAUGAGAGUAUUUAUCUUGAUACAGGAACAGACUCGAUUAAGGAGGUCGCCAGAUGUAUUAUGGAAAGGGCCAAGGAUGCAAUUGAGGAAGAAGAGUUGGAUUUGAAGAGCUGUGGAGGGGUAUAUUUAAUAGAGGUGGUCUAUCCGGAGCUUAAGCCCUCUUAUUAA